AUGGCGCAUGAGAGCAUGAGAUUACCUCCGACUGCAACCAACGAUAUUCGAGGUCGGGUUGUCGACAUGCCGGAUUCUAACGUCUUUCUGGACAUGCCUGACCACAAUGCGAUACCUUCUGCCCACAUUACAUAUCGCAGGUUGUCAACUAUUUUGAUCGAACAUCCUCGCAUACCGACUAUGUUUCUUUUAGAGUUCAUGACAUUCGAUGGCCUUCGGGCUUACCAGCCAUGCUGUGAGAACAUUGAUCAUCUUAGCAUCCUCAGGCCAUUGCGGGCUAUUGAAUACGAUGGCGAUCCGGUUUUCGAGGCAGCUCGCGAAUGGUCAUGCAUCAUUCAAGCCCGCCACGACUUACCCAAGGAUAUCAGAUGGGUACUGGCACUCAUCUACAACUUUUCCUGCACAAUGUUGCAGCCCGAGCAAACCGAAGAAUACCUCUAG